CUGUAAAUGCCCGUGGCCCCGACUCCCCAGAGUCCCAGAGAGAGAGGCAGAGAGAGAGAGAGGGAGGGAGACAGGGACGGCUGCAAGCCUCCUGCCCCCGAGACAGCCGGGCCAGCCCACCAAAGGCUCCACAGCAUGUGGGAGCUCCGGUCCAUAGCCUUCUCCAGGGCUGUGCUGGCGGAGUUCCUGGCGACGCUCCUCUUCGUCUUCUUUGGCCUGGGCUCAGCCCUCAACUGGCCGCAGGCCCUGCCCUCUGUGCUACAGAUCGCCCUGGCCUUCGGCUUGGCUAUCGGCACCCUGGUGCAGGCGCUGGGGCACGUCAGUGGGGCCCACAUCAACCCCGCCGUGACUGUGGCCUGCCUGGUGGGCUGCCACGUCUCCUUCCUCCGAGCUGCCUUCUACGUGGCUGCCCAGCUGCUGGGGGCAGUGGCAGGUGCUGCUCUGCUCCAUGAGAUCACACCAGCAGACAUCCGAGGGGACCUGGCUAUCAACGCACUUCACAACAACGUAACAGCCGGCCAGGCCGUGACUGUGGAGCUCUUCCUGACCCUGCAGCUGGUGCUCUGCAUCUUCGCCUCCACAGAUGAGCGCCGUGGAGACAACCUGGGCAGCCCUGCCCUGUCCAUUGGCCUCUCUGUGGCCCUGGGCCACCUCCUGGGGAUCUACUACACCGGCUGCUCCAUGAACCCUGCACGCUCCCUGGCUCCCGCUGUUGUCACGGGCAAGUUUGAUGAUCACUGGGUCUUCUGGAUCGGACCCCUGGUCGGCGCGGUCUUGGGCUCCCUGCUCUACAACUACGUGCUGUUCCCGUCCUCCAAGAGCCUGUCGGAGCGCUUGGCUGUGCUGAAGGGGCAGGAGCCGGACACCGACUGGGAGGAGCGCGAGGUGCGGCGGCGGCAGUCGGUGGAGCUGCACUCGCCGCAGAGCCUCCCCCGGAGCAGCAAGGCCUAAGCGCCCCGGCCCAGCCACGACGGCCCGGCCUCGGGCGCAGGGGAGCUCGUGCCCGGGCUCCAGGGACACCCGUCACUCCCUGCCGGCCAGCCCGAGGCAGCAGGGCCUGCCCGCCCCUCCUGUCCCCGCGUGCGAAGUGACCCCCAGUGCAGAGCAGCUGCUUCCAGGACGCGCAGGCCUGGCCAGGGUUGCCCAGCGGUGGUGAGCCUGGCAGACGCCUGUCCAGAGGCUGCAGGCUGGAGAGUGGUCGACACUCUGGCUCCUCGCAGGGGGCUGUGGACCUGGGGACAGAGCUGGGCGAGGAGGGCAGAUGAGCAGCAGAGGAAGAUUCUGGAGAGCCCGUCCCCAGGAGUGGGUGGGGGUCGGGGAGGAGUACACAGACCCGGCCUUGCGGGGUCUGGGAACGGGUGUUACAAGUGUGCAAAUGUGUGUUCAUUCCCAAGUGCCUCUCUGUCCCCAACUGCUGUGUUGUGCAUGCUUCUGAGUGUGAACAGGUGGGCCUGUGGUGGUGCAAGUGUCCGCUGGCUGGUGACCUCUCACUUUUCCCUUGAUCCCUUCUUCCCCCACCAUAAUAAAUCCACUUCCUCUGCGUGGAUCAGUCCUUGCCGCACCGUCCUCAGGAGUGCGUGCUCCCCGGAGAAGGGCGGGGUCUGGAGGUUGCUUUGAGCAGGCUGACAUAACCCGAUUCCACUACUCUGCCUCUCCUGGAAAAUUCCCCCUCGCUGUGGCACUGGGAGGGCAGACUUGUCAGGACCCAGAGCUGGAACCAGAGAGCUAUCAACUACAGACCGGCUCCCCCAGAAGUGGCCUUUGGAAGACAGGAAAAAAUCGGGUGGCCAAGGGCCUCCUUUCUGCCCUGAGGGAGGACCUCUCCUAAGGAGGAAGCAAGUGUGUGUGUGUGUGUGAGUGCCUGUUCGUGCCCAACAUGUGUACAGGGGACCCCCAUCUCUCAGGGGCUCCAGAGAUUAGCCUCCCACUGUGACAGAGAAAACAAAAAGUCUUUAUGGGCCCCUGGCUUUUGUCUCGGGAGAGGGGGAGAUUUGCAACUAGACACUUCUUGAAAGGAGACACUCCGUUUCGCAAGUGAGCCCUCUCACCCAGCACACACCUAUGGCUGGCUGGGCAAGGCACUUCGGCAUGCACGCCACCGCAGCACCAGGCAACACCCCCGCCCCGUCACCCAGGCAGCGCAGGCCCCUCUCCCCAGGCAGCAGCUCUUCCACUCCAGGAGCCUCUCCUCCCCUCCCUCCUCCUCCUCAGCCCCACCUUGGGACAGUUACUGUGGGGAGAGCAGCCUAGCACUCCCACGACCAGAGAAGGGAAAUGACUUGUCCAGGCAGAGGCAGGUCUGUGCCUCGAGCCUGGGCUUCUAAAUUUCCAGGCCAGUGCAUUGGUUCUCAAACGAGAUUAAUUGGGAUUAAGUGAGAUGGUGCAUGUCAAGAUGCCAUGUGAACUGUAAUUCCUCAUACCAUUAGCACUCCGUGUUGAAAUCAUUUCAUUAUUUCUGCUUCCUGGGGCUAGAAUGAAGAAGGGGUCCACCCUCCACCUCUUUUACCUCCUUUAGGUGGUAGUCAGAGCAAAGGAGAGCCCUGGGAGCCCCAAGGGGCACACAGAAGGACACGGGAUUGGGUCUGGCCCCUUCCUGGUCCAGUCUCAACCUCCCCUGACCUGAGUGCACACUGGCUGUUCUCUCCUUUCUUUCCUCCCACCACCCAGACCAGCCAUUCUCUCCUCCCUCUCCAGCCUGCUGCAUAGCUAAGCUAAGAAUCACACCUUGAGACCCAUCUGCGUGCUCUCUGCUGCCUGCGUGCUGUCAAAGCUUUUCUCUGUAUCCGCACCGAGCACCCACUGUGCACUGAAGUCUCCAGCCCCUCCCUGCCCUCUUCUCCCUUCAGAGACCGACUGAGUAUGAGGAACAUUUCUGUUAUUGUGCCUACCUAUGCAUUUGUCUUUUUUUGCCUCCCUUUGGGGUCGGAAAAAAGGCUGCCCUGGGUCAUACGUCCUAUGGAGAUGAUUCUCCCAAACCCCAGGAAAUCUGGUGGCAGCCACCUGGCCUCACUCCUGGGGGAUGGGUUAAGUUAAAGACCAAACUAACCUCCAAGACAGUAGUCCUGGUAGCCGAGUAUCCUUGCUCUACAAGUUCAAAGACAGCAGGGCACAGAGCUGCGAGCCAAGCCUAGAUGUGUCUGAGGCACCUCAUCUCUACCCCACCUCACCUCACCUCAACAGAUCCCUAUAGAAGUUGUCAAGAAUUUCUAUGUCUGUUCCACUUUCUGGAUUUCAACUCCCCCAGAACUAGGCAUGAGAUCCCCACAUUUAGCCCUGAUUGCCCAGGUUGGGGUCCCUAAGGUCAGAGGUCAAGGCAGGAUUCAAAUGAUGGGGGCAGGGAGAACGGACACCUAUUGAGCAUCUCUUGUGUCCCAGCCUCUGUGCUGGUGGGUCCCUCAAUCCUCCUAAAAGUUCAGGCAGGUGAGGGAAGGACAACGGCCCCUUAUCCCAACCCUGCGAGGCAGGCAGAGCAAAUACAGUCAGUCACGUGCUGCACAACGACUUUAAGGUUAACGACCCACCACAUAUUCAAUGGUGGUACCAUAAUAUUAUAAUAAAGCUGAGAAUUCUUAUCAUCUAGUGACAAUCACAGCCGUGCUAACAUCGAAUCUCAACACCAUAGCACAGCGCGUUACUCCCGUGUCUAUGGAGAUGCUGGGUGAGCAAACCUGCUGUGCUGCCGGUCGUGUAAAUGUAUUUCACACACAGUUACUGGGUUUGUACCGUCUGGGUCUGUGUAAGCCCACUCUGUGAUGUUCGCAUGAAGACGCAAGUGCCCAGCGAGCCAUUCUCGGAAUGCAGGGUCCAUGGUUAAGUAGCACGAGACUGCGCUAUUCUUCCUGCUGCGUAAAUCAAUGACUUGAAGCAGAGAAACUGGUCGAAAGCCCCAAGGCUCUCUAUGCAGGGUGCACAAGACUUGAGCAUAGGUCUUUUUCAUUCAAAACCCCGUGAUCUUCCCACUCAGGAGUCAGAGGAGACCAGGUCUGGUCGGAGGCAAGUCCUAGGCCCCUCUAGGGAGCCCCCAGCAGGACCUCAGCGGAUGCCCCCAGACUUGGGGAGCACACGGGGCCUCAGGAAUGGCUGGGGCAGGGCAGGAAGAAAACGACAAGAAUGUGGGGAUGGUUUCUGCCCUAGGAGAGCACCCUGUCUGGAAGAGGAUGGAAGUCAGAUACACCCCAAUCCAGACAGAGGCUGGGCAGCACAGAGGCAGGUGGACAGAACCCCAAGCUGGCGGCACAGAAGGCUCUGAGCUGAGGGGACCAGGGAGCUGACCGUCGGGCCCCAGCAGCACCCAUUCCCACAGUCCCACUUUGUGAGAUAAAGACUUUGCAACUACAGAUCUUGCUUUGAUGGUGUUUUGUAUCCUGUAAGCUGUGAUUCUGUAUAUACACAGUGCCCCCCAGCUAGACUGUAAGCCCUUUGCAGGCAGGACUUCUUCCAGGUCUUGGGUGGCAUUCUCCUGCUUGUCGUCCCUUAUCUGUCUUGUCUACCACAGCGCUAUGCAGGUAGUAAGCUCAAUAAAUGAUCAUUU